AUGUUGAAGUUCGUAGAUAUAGCUGUUGUAGAUGUUGUAUUAGACGGCAUGUGGACUGACACGACCAGAGCUCGUAUUGUUUGGGAAUAUCACGACGCGACCGGAAAUGAUAAAAGGAAAGUGCGGCAGGUGGAUUGGAGCAAGUCGCGGGACAGAGGAAUGCGUCUAUUAUUAGAGGCCGGCGCCGGCGCGCCACCAACAGGGAGCCCUGUU